AUGGCGUUAACUAAUAUCUUAGACUUAAGACUUAAGGGUGGGGGGUUGAGGGGUGAGGUUGCCCGGGUUCAGGCGUGCGCAGGCAGCAGUGGCUGGCUGACUGCCCUGACGUACGCACCGCUGUGCCGCCCCUAUCCGAGUCCCACGGUGGGCGCCAUUCGACGUAUUCGUACCGGUAACCAAAAAACCUGUGAUAUGAGUGAAUUGUGA